AUGUUUCCUUUGAAGGAUGCUGAAAUGGGCGCCUUUACCUUCUUUGCCUCAGCUCUGCCACAUGAUGUUUGUGGAAGCAACGGGCUUCCUCUCACACCAAAUUCCAUUAAAAUUUUAGGACGUUUUCAAAUCCUUAAGACCAUUACACAUCCAAGACUGUGCCAAUAUGUGGAUAUUUCUAGGGGAAAGCACGAGAGACUGGUGGUGGUAGCUGAACACUGUGAACAGAGUUUGGAAGAUUUGCUUCGAGAAAGGAAACCCGUGAGCUAUUCGAAGGUUUUAUGUAUAGCAUUUGAGGUACUUCAGGGCUUGCAGUAUAUGAACAAACAUGGAAUAGUUCACCGUGCACUGUGCCCUCAUAAUAUUCUUUUGGACCAAAAGGGGCAUAUUAAAUUGGCUAAAUUUGGACUUUAUCACAUGACAGCUCAUGGUGAUGAUGUUGAUUUCCCAAUUGGGUAUCCAUCGUACUUAGCACCUGAGGUAAUCGCACAAGGAAUUUUCAAAACCACUGAACAUAUGCCAAGUGAAAAGCCAUUACCUUCUGGCCCCAAAUCAGAUGUAUGGUCUCUUGGAAUCAUUUUGUUUGAGCUUUGCAUGGGAAGAAAAUUAUUUCAGAGCUUGGAUAUUUCUGAAAGACUAAAAUUUUUGCUUACUUUGGACUGUGUAGAUGACACUGUAAUAGUUCUGGCAGAAGAGCAUGGUUGUCUGGACAUUAUAAAGGAACUUCCUGAAAAUGUGAUAAAUCUUCUGAAGAAGUGCCUUACCUUCCAUCCUUCUAAGAGGCCAACUCCUGGUGAAUUAAUGCAGGAUGAGGUAUUCAGUGAAGUGUCACCUUUAUAUACUCCUUUUAUCAAGCCUGCUAGUUUGUUUUCAUCUUCUUUGCGAUGUGCAGAUUUAACUCUACCUGACGAUAUCAGUCAGCUGUGUAAAGAUAUCAACAGUGAUUACCUGUCCGAAAGAUCUAUUGAAGAAGUAUAUUACCUUUGGUGUUUGGCCGGAGGUGACUUGGAGAAAGAGCUUGUCAACAAAGAAAUCAUUCGACCUAAACCCCCAGUCUGUACACUCCCUAACUUAGUCUUUGAAGAUGGUGAGAGCUUUGGGCAAGGUCGAGAUCGAAGCUCCCUUUUAGAUGACACAACUGUGACAUUGUCAUUAUGCCAGCUAAGAAAUAGAUUAAAAGAUGUUGGUGGAGAAGCAUUUUACCCAUUACUUGAAGAUGACCAGUCUAAUUUACCUCAUUCAAACAGCAAUAAUGAAUUGUCUGCAGCUGCCACUCUCCCUUUGAUCAUUCGAGAGAGAGACACAGAGUACCAACUAAACAGAAUUAUUCUCUUUGACAGGCUACUAAAGGCUUAUCCAUAUAAAAAAAAUCAAAUCUGGAAAGAAGCAAGAGUUGACAUUCCUCCUCUUAUGAGAGGUUUAACGUGGGCGGCUCUUCUAGGAGUUGAGGGUGCUAUUCAUGCCAAAUAUGAUGGAAUUGAUAAAGACACUCCAAUUCCUACAGAUAGACAAAUUGAAGUGGAUAUUCCUCGCUGUCAUCAAUAUGAUGAACUUUUAUCAUCACCAGAAGGUCAUGCCAAAUUUAGGCGUGUAUUGAAAGCCUGGGUAGUAUCCCAUCCUGAUCUUGUGUAUUGGCAAGGUCUUGACUCACUUUGUGCUCCCUUCCUGUAUUUAAAUUUUAAUAAUGAAGCUUUGGCAUAUGCAUGCAUGUCUGCUUUUAUUCCCAAAUACCUAUAUAACUUCUUCUUGAAAGACAACUCACACGUAAUACAAGAGUAUCUAACUGUAUUUUCUCAGAUGAUUGCAUUCCAUGAUCCAGAGCUGAGUAAUCAUCUCAAUGAGAUUGGCUUUAUUCCAGAUCUUUAUGCCAUCCCUUGGUUUCUCACCAUGUUUACCCAUGUAUUCCCACUGCACAAAAUUUUUCACCUGUGGGAUACAUUACUACUUGGGAAUUCCUCUUUCCCAUUCUGUAUUGGAGUAGCAAUUCUUCAGCAGCUGCGGGACCGGCUUUUGGCCAAUGGCUUUAAUGAAUGCAUUCUUCUCUUCUCUGAUUUACCAGAAAUUGAUAUUGAACGAUGUGUGCGAGAAUCAAUCAACCUGUUUUGUUGGACUCCUAAAAGUGCUACUUACAGACAACAUGCGCAACCUCCGAAGCCAGCCUCUGAAAGUGGAGUCAGAAGUUCAGCCCCUUACUUCUCCACUGAGUAUUCAGAUCCUCCAAAGACAGAUCUGGCAAGAGAAUCCAUUUCACUAAAUGACCUAAAGUCAGAAGUAUCACCCCGGAUUUCAGCAGAAGAUCUGAUUGACUUGUGUGAGCUCACUGUAACGGGUCAUUUCAAAACACCCACGAAGAAAACAAAGUCCAGUAAACCAAAGCUUCUGGUGGUUGACAUCCGUAAUAGUGAAGAUUUUAUUCGUGGCCACAUCUCAGGCAGCAUCAAUAUUCCAUUCAGCGUUGCAUUCACGGCAGAAGGAGAGCUUACUCAGGCCCCUUGUACUACUAUGCUCCAGAGUUUCAAAGGGAAGGUCAUUGUUAUCGUGGGACAUGUGGCAAAGCACACAGCUGAGUUUGCAGGUCAUCUUGUGAAGAUGAAAUAUCCAAGAAUCUGUAUUCUAGAUGGUGGCAUUAAUAAGAUCAAGCCUACAGGUCUCCUCACCGUCCCAUCUCCUCAAAUAUGAAAAGCCAAGUGUAUGGCUGUCAAAA